AAUUCAAGUCUUCAUAAAUUAAGUUAUUAUGGAAAUGAAGCCGGGUUAGUUGGUGGAGAAGUCUAUUUUGCUAAUGUGAUACUCGAGAAUAAAUCUUUGACUCAUUUAAAUUUAAGUUCUAAUGACCUUAAAUGUAAAGGAAAGCAAAUAAUUAAUGCACUAUUUAAACAAUUCAUUAGAGAUAUUAGUGGUACUUAUAUCGAAUCAGAAGGAUUCGAAUUUAUUAU